CGGAUCGUAGCAAGCGGACAAUUUGAAAACGUUUGGCUAUUUCCAUUUAGUUCGUUUACAAGCGUACAAUGUAUAGACCGUGUUUAAAAUCUAAAGUAUUUGAAAAUCCAAAUCCAUUUAUGUGGUGCAGCAAGGAAGGCAGCGGCGCCAGCUUCUUGGCAUCCAAUUCCAUUGGCGAUUGGUCGAUUCCAGACGACUGUAAGGAGCCUACGGAUGGCGAUCAGGCUCCCCCAACAGCCAUUGUCAUCGUCGAGCCCCGCCAGAUGCGCAUUGCCACCAACACCACCAACACCACCAGCCCCACCUCCAUCAGCGGCAGCAGCAGCAGCAGCAGUACCAGCAGCAGCAGCAGCAGCAGCAGUAGCGGUGGUAGCGAAGCUAUUGGCUUCAGCAGCUCCAAUGGGCAUACGCCCGAGUGGUUCAUGCUGCCUCAGGCCGUGGAUGUGAACAAUGAUGUGAUGCGUCUGGUGAGCAGCCUCUCGACGGUGGUCCAAAUACUGACCCGAAUGACCAAUGCAGCGGCCCAGGAGCUGCGUCAGCAUCCCGAACGCGAGGAGGGCUUCCAGGGAUUGCGCCUGCUGCUCAACUAUGCCGAUCAGAUGUAUACCACACUGUUGCAGCCGCAGCCGUUUUCGUCGGAGCGGCCAGCAUCGCCCAACAGGAGUGUCACCGCCCAGCCAUAUAGCCUGUUCCAUCAUUUGUUUGAGCCCAUGCUGGGCAACAUGGAGAGGGAGGAGGAGGUGUCGGUGCGACAAUUGCAGCCUGCGGCGGGGCGCUCGUUUCCCUAUCGCGUUGUGGCCGUGGCGGCCAGUGCUGCAGUUUCUGCAUCUGGCCCGGAAUCAAACGGAUCGAUUGCACCCACAUCAGAGUUUGGCGCGAAUGUGAAUCAAAUUCGAAAUUGAAAUAGCGACACAGACACACUGCAACGAUGCUGCUUAAAUUGUUUGUGAAUAUAAUAAUUGCUGCAUGCCUGCAUCUAACAAAAAUAUACAUGAGAACAGCAUGAGAAUUCCACUCGUUUUCCCAAAGCACAAAUGCUAUUAAACAAAAACCAAAAACAAAAA